AUGAGAAUUUGGGCAUUAAUUCUGGCACUGAUUUAUACCGUCUAUGCCACGAGCAUCCUCAGCAUCGACCUCGGCAGCGACUCGCUAAAGAUUGGUCUCAUCGGCAGCGGGAAUCUCGACGUCGUCCUCGAUAAAGACAGCUCACGGAAGCUGCAGUCGACUGUUGGCUUUAAGGGCGAUGACAGACUCUUCGGUAAGCAGGCACUCCAGAACAGCAACAAAAAUCCAGACACCAGCUAUCCUCAUCUCAAAAUGCUCAUUGGGAAGACUGCUGAGGCUGACAGCACACAGCGUUGGGAAGCGAUAUUCCCCGCAGUAGACAACAGCGUCACUGACAGAGGCACGCUCCAGCUGCACUCGCAUAAAGACGCGUAUGCGAUCGAAGAACUCCUGGCUAUGCAAUUCCACUACGCCAGACAGCUCGCUCAGAUGCAAAGUGGUGAGACUAUAAAGGAUGUCGUAUUGACUCUCCCGCCUUACUUCUCUACCUACGAAAGACAGGCUGUGUUGGACGCAGUCAAUUUGGCAGCUCUCCAGCCAAUCGCUCUUAUCAAUGAUGGCACUGCUGUCGCCGUCAACUACGCAAUGACCCGUUCGUUUGACUCUACUCCAGCUUCGUACGUUAUAUACGACGCAGGCGCGUCCUCACUUAGCGCAACUUUCGUUGAAAUAUCCUCCCACUCUCCACCCAAGAAGCGCUUCGGCAGCAAGCAGAACACUACCGAAAUCAACGUUAUUGGCACUGCAUACGAUGACAGCGUUGGUGGUGUUGACCUUGAUCACCGUCUGCGCGAUAUCCUCGCAGACGCCUUCGAGCAGCAGCACAACCUCGACCAAAGCUGGCGAGGCAAUGCACGUGCAUGGAACAAGCUUCUUGUGGAGGCUAAUCGCGUCAAGCAUAUACUCUCCGCCAAUUCAGAAUCCCAGGCGACAAUCGAAGGUCUGCACGAUGAGCUUGAUUUUAAGAGCACAGUGAGUAGGGAGCAGUUCAAGGCAGCUAUCGAAGACUACCAAAUGAGGUGGUCGGCGCCAAUUUCUGAAGUACUCGCUAAGACUGGUAGGGGUAUUGAUGGUGUUGACGCUGUUAUUCUUACCGGUGGUGCCUCUCGCAUCCCUAUCAUUCAAUCGCAAGUCAGAGCGUUUGUGGGCGAUGACAAAAUUAGCACAUCUGUUAAUGCAGAUGAGAGUGCUGUCUUGGGUGCUGCUUUCUACGGCGCUACAUUCAGUAAAUCGUUCAGAACUAAACCUCUCACAGUACACGAGGCUAGCGUGUACUCAAUGGAGGGUGUGGGAAUGGACGUGAGUGAGCAUGGCACUCUGCUUUGGAAGGAGGGCGCUUCUCUCCCAACCAACAAUACCAUCUCUCUCCCACCUAGAGAUGCGACAGUGGUGGUAAAAUACACCGCAGACUCCAUUCCACACGACCAACAGGCUGCUUACAUGCAGCUUAAUGUGACGGGUGUGGAUGGAGCGCUCGCCGAAAUGAACCUCAGCUAUGAAGAAGCUGCUGCUGCGAAUGUGAGAGUGGAUAUAGGUGUGGAACACACGUCAUUCUCGCUCGUUCUUCCUACCGCUGCCGAGCUCGUUGUACCUGCUCCAGCUUCGCACGACGGUCUCACAGGCAAGCUGAAAGAAUGGUUUAGCGUGGGAGCAGGUGGAGCAAAAGGAGAAGAAAAGAAUGAAAACGGCACUACUACAGACAGCACAACACCUACACCCCCACACGCACAAGAAAAGAGGAUCAAGUUGACGCUCUCAAGUCUUCCAGCCUCGCUUCAGCCGAUGACGGUGGACCUGAAGGGGGAGUCUAUGAACAAGCUGAUGGCGCUCAACUACGCAGAGGCAAUGGAAGGGCUUCGCGAGGAGACAUUCAAUGGCUUUGAAAGUAAGCUGUAUAUGUUGAAGGCAUUGAUAGAGAACGUAGACGGGAAAUAUGACGCGUUCCAUAACGCCACGCUGCCAGAGGAAAUGCGAGCGCUGGAAAGUGCACACGCAACAGCACUCACAUGGCUCGAUGAGGAGGGAUGGUCAGCUACACUGGAGCAGAUUCAGAAGGAGGCGACUAAGAUUGGAGCCAUCGAACAACCAGUUAAGGAACGUAUUAGGAAUGGGCAGGUGAAGGCAGCUGCUUUAGGUGACCUCCAGAAGGCAUUGUUUGCAGGUAGGACUUUCCUCAAGGAGGCGAGAAAGAACUUGACAACCACGGAUGAGUCGAGAUAUUCAUUCAAAGAGGUCGACGAAUUCGAGGCUCACCUCUUCCAGACCGAGAACUGGCUCAGGCCGCUGAUGCGCAAGGAUGGAGAGGCAAAACCAUGGGAAGAAGGGGCAUAUACGGCGACUGAGUUGGAAGUCGCUGGGAGGAGUGUACAGGAUUUCUUUAUGGAAUUGACUGAGAGGCUGCCAAGGAAGGCUGAGGAGAGUGUUACAGAGAGUGCUACGGAGAGCAGCCAGAGCACAACAUCUGCACCUGCAUCUGAAGCCAGCUCCUCAGGCACUCAUUCAGACAACUCUUCAGGUACUCAAGACACACCAGGCACUCCAACACCACCAAACAAAAGCAAGUCAAGUGAGUCAGGUGAGACAGAGAAAAACCACCACAGCCACGAUGAACUAUAA